AUGUCAAGUGUUACUAUCAUGAAUACGUUUCUAGUGGUGCUAGCGGUUCUGGCGUGUGUCUCGGGGAAGCCCCAGAAUCAGUACUCCCAGGGAAACUACAAUCGGAACUCGGGAAAUUACAACCGAAACCCUUCGACUAGCCAGCGGCAUUCGAACCAGAAUCAGCUGCAGCAGCAUCAGCAGCAUAACCAACAGCACCAGCAACAUCAGCAGCAUCAGCAGCAGCAUCACCAGUCACAGCAACACUUUUCCCACCAGAGACAGUCGCAGGCUCUACGAGCCCCACUGCUGCCACCGCACAAUCCUAACCAGUUCAGUCAGAGACUCCAGCAGCCCUUCUCGAACGCUAUCCGACCGUUCGUGCCAAUCACGUCCUACAGCAACGACGUCUCGCACGAUGGCUCGUACUCGUACGCGUACACGACCGGCGAUGGGCAGCAGCAGCAGGCGCAGGGCUACCUGAAGAACGCCGGCCUGAAGGACCUGGAAGCGCAGUCCGUGCAGGGCUCCUACUCGUACACGUCGCCCGAGGGUCAGCUGAUUACGGUGACCUACAUCGCGGACGAGAACGGAUUCCGCGCCGAGGGUGCGCAUCUGCCAACACCGCCCCCGAUCCCGGAGGCGAUCCAGAAAUCGCUCGCCCUGAUCGCACAAACGCAACCGGUUUCGGCGCAGUUUAAUGCCGCCUACAACCAGCCCCGCUUCCAACAGGGUUCACUCGCGGGCUCCUCCGGCCAGAACUACAACCGAUACGGGUAG